AGGAUGGAGCACAUGUCAGAACAAGACGUGAAAAUAAAAAUCAACAGAGUAACAGAUGAGUCUAUUGAGAGUACUAGGCGGAUGCUACAGAUGGUAGGAGAGAGCCAGGAGAAGGGGAAAGAAACAAUGAUCAUGUUGGAUAAGCAAGGAAAACAGCUGAGGAAUACAGAAGUGAAUAUGGAUGAGAUCAAGGAAAACGUGAAAACAGCUGAGAGGAAUCUUAAUGAGAUGUCCAAAUGCUGCGGCUGGUGUUUGUGCUCAUGUAACAGACUGAAGUCUAUAGAGAAUGACCAGAGAUGUAUAAAGGUUUGGGGCACAGAGGAAAGAGAUGGGGGUGUGGUAUCCAGUCAAGUAACUGCUGUACGCAAUAUACGAGGGGUCACUGUUCAGUCAACAGCCUCUUCAGGCACCUACAUCAAGAGAAUAACAAAUGAUGCUCAAGAAAAAGAGUUGGAGGAGAAUCUAGAGCAGGUGGGCAGCAUCAUUGGGAAUCUGAAGAACAUGGCCAUUGACAUAAACAAUGAGCUCGACAAACAGAACAAGACCAUUGACCGCAUCACUGACAAGGUUGAAAUAACUACAGAUCAUGUUGAGGCUGCUACAAAGAAAGCCAAACAUUUAAUUAAGGAAUAG